GGUAGGGUAACAGGCGCCGCUAUAGAAGUGCAUGGGGCAUACGUGAAACACUGGAAGUACUUUUUUAUCAUCUCCUGCAGACGAGAUAAAAGAAAGAAAGAUAGAAGGGAUUCAGGGAAUGUAGACUAUUCACUGUUUAAAACCCCCAAAUAUAAGAAAGAAGAAUGCCUGGUGCUUCAACCCCGUGAACUGUAAACAAACCAUCCAGGGAGCCUUUCUCCACAGUCUGAAACCCCAGGAAAUAAUGAAGAAGGGAAUGGACGAGAUGAUAACACUAUGGCGAGAAAACGUAUAGCUGUGAAAUUGUUAAUGAAGAAAAAAGGAUGAAAUUGAAACAAUUAACAAAACGUUAAACUGAAUGCCAGAUUGUUCAUUGACAAAAAGACCAGCCACCAUAAUGUGUGAUGCAACCUCCCCUGAGAUGGUGAAUGCAUUACCUGUCAAGGAGGAGAGUGAAGUGUCACUCACUGAGGACUGUAGCAUGGGGUUGAGAGAGAGAAGAAAUGGAGACACACUCCUUCAAACAAAGAAGGAGGAAGAUAUCACAAUCAAAGAGGAAUGUUCGUAUGAUGAGGAACAUCUGGUUAUUGUUGAUCCUUUAUUAACUUUUCAUUGCAAACAGUGUAAGAAUGUGUUUGCCACCCAGUGUGACUUGGAUGUUCAUAUGGAGGAAAAGCAUGUGGAAGGAGAGCAUCUGAGUUGUAAGAAGUGCAGUGAAACAUUUCUUAAGGAAUGUGAACUGAUGUUACAUGCCAAACUUCACAGUCCAGAAAAGCCUUUUACUGAUAAGGAAUGUCACAGUCAAGAUGAACUAAGUGCUAAAACGUCAAGAAUCAGUAGUUCUCCGCCCAGACCGAAAUACCGUAGAAUUCUCCCACGUAUAGCUCCACCUCUUGAGACACAAGAUAGUGAAUCAUCUUUUGGAGAGAAUGAUCAUUCUGACUCAGAAGAAGAAAACUCAACAGGCUACCUAGACCCCAGUCAGAGUUACCCGCCAGAGCCUGGGGAAACAAAUCCUAAACAGAAGGAUGGAAAUGGGACAGCAGCCACAGCCAGCAUGAAAGACCUCAGUUCAGUUUCCAGCACAGUGGGCCACCCAGUAUGGUGCACCAACACGUGUGAUACUCGAGAGAGGCCAACAAUUGGCAGCAUGAAAAUGGAUUGCCAAGAGGAAAAGCCUGAGCGCUCCAUUCCCCUUACAGAGAGUCAGCAAGAGUGCCUUGUGGCUCUUAUCCGUGAGAAAAAAGAUGUGGUGCUGUGCAAGAGUCAGGAACCCAAGCUGCUUAGCAUAAAGAAGCGUGUCUGGAAAGAAAUUACAGAGAAUUUUAACUCCUUAAACCCUGGCCAGAAGCCACGCAACACUGCUCAGCUGAAGAGAGCUUUGGAUCACAUAAAACGCCGUGUGAAGGAGGAGCAGUCCAAGUACCGUCGCAGAGUUCUUGCCAAUGGAGUAGGUCCACCACCAGAUCCUCCAAAAUUUACAGAGGCGAUGAUGGCAGCGAUGGAGAUCAUGGGGCAGGAAUUAUCAAUGAAUGACAUCCCAUUUGUGUGA